UGUGCAGUCCUAAAGAGAAAACUCACCAAAAUACUUUACAUAAAGCUCCUCUUCUCUCUCUAGCCCAUCCUCUAUUGAGUCAGGCGCCAUGGAUCCAUACAAGUAUCGCCCUUCCAGCGCUUACAAUUCCCCUUUCAUGACCACCAACGCUGGUGCACCUGUUUGGAAUGACGACUCCUCAUUGACUGUUGGAUCUAGAGGGCCUAUUCUUCUUGAGGACUAUCAUUUGAUUGAGAAGCUUGCGCAUUUCACGAGGGAGCGCACACCAGAGCGUAUUGUGCAUGCGAGGGGUGCAAGUGCAAAGGGUUUCUUUGAGGUGACCCAUGACAUCUCUCAUCUGACUUGUGCUGAUCUUCUUCGAGCUCCAGGGGUGCAGACCCCGCUUAUUGUUCGCUUCUCAACUGUUAUCCAUGAGCGUGGAAGCCCUGAAACUAUCAGAGACCCUCGUGGUUUCGCUGUAAAGUUCUACACCAGAGAGGGCAACUGGGACUUGGUUGGGAACAACUUCCCUGUCUUCUUUGUACGUGAUCCUAUGAAGUUUCCUGACGUGAUCCAUGCCUUCAAACCAAACCCCAAAUCACACAUCCAAGAGAACUGGAGGAUCCUCGACUUCCUGUCUCACCACCCCGAGAGUCUCUCCACAUUCGCAUGGUUCUAUGACGAUGUCGGUAUCCCCACGGAUUAUCGUCACAUGGAAGGGUUUGGUGUCAGUGCAUACACGCUUCUUAACAAGGCAGGAAAGGCGACUUUAGCGAAGUUUCACUGGAAGCCCACAUGUGGGGUGAAGUCCCUAUAUGAUGAUGAGGCAGUUAUUGUGGGAGGAACCAACCACAGCCAUGCUACUAAGGAUCUGUAUGACUCGAUCGCGGCCGGAAACUACCCGGAAUGGAAACUUUUCAUCCAAACCAUGAAUCCUGAGGAUCAAGAUAGGUUUGAUUUCGAUCCUGUGGAUGUUACCAAGGAAUGGCCUGAGGAUAUGUUUCCCCUUCAGCCGGUGGGCCGCAUGGUUUUGAACCGCAACAUUGACAAUUUCUUCAAUGAGAAUGAGCAACUCGCCUUCAACCCUGGAAUUGUGGUUCCUGGGAUCUAUUACUCUGAUGACAAGUUUCUCCAGGCGAGGACCUUCGCUUACGGUGACACUCAGAGGCAUCGUCUCGGACCGAACUACUUGAUGCUCCCUGUUAAUGCUCCCAAAUGCGCCCAUCACAACAAUCACUAUGAUGGGUUUAUGAAUUUCGCCCACAGGGAUGAAGAGGUGGAUUAUUUCCCCUCAAGGUUUGAUCCUGUGCGUCAUGCUGAGCGGUGCCCUCUCCCCCCUCAACUUGUCAGCGGGAAACGUGAGAGGUGUGUGAUCGAAAAGGAGAACAACUUCAAACAGCCAGGCGACAGAUACAGAUCAUUUGCACCAGACAGGCAAGAGCGCUUCGUCAAACGAAUUGUUGAUGCUUUAUCAGACACUAGAGUCACCCAUGAGAUCCGCAGCAUCUGGAUUUCUUACUGGUCUCAGUGUGACAAGUCACUGGGUCAGAAGAUUGCAACCCGCCUCAACAUUAAACCCCACAUGUAAUGGAGGAUUUGAGAUGUUUUCAGCUGAGUGAGAUCCGUAUAUGUGAAUAGGACAUGGUUUAUAAAGGCAGAAGCUGAUGUCUAGUAAAGUUUCAACUACUAAAUCUCUGUUUGAGAACUUUUGGGCUGUCGGUUAUUGUACUUUGAUGGACUCGUGUUCCUCUAAUAAGUUGCUAUUUCCCUAUCAAAGAUGAGAUGCUGGUGUAUGAAAUCAUGGUUGAUUCACUGCUUUUAUGAUAUUUUGUAUUUUUGUGUG